GGCAGAGGGUGGGAAGUAAAUAUUGUUGUUUCUUUCCAUUUCCUCCUUCUUUCGGGUUUUCCCGGUUCCCACUAUAUAAACCUAGUAUGGCAGGCCUAUUUAACAGAGAGACUUGCCUCCUGAACGUAUUACCUGCGAUUAACGAGAGCGGAUAUGAACACAAUGAUGGGAUUUUUGAUUGCUACACUUGCAAUGGGAUUAUUAUGCAGCGCUUCGGAUUUUGGUGGAUGUUUUCCCGAGGCACACGCUUGCAAGGUGUUGCGCAGGCACUGGCGACACGAACAUGCGCCGCAUUACGCCGGGUUACGGCAACAACCGGUACACGCGCGCUGCCCUGAGUUCAAGCUCCAGUCGUCAUCCCUGCAUAUCAGCAACCGCUCCCUCUCCCCCUGGCGGUAUAGGGUCGAUGAGGAUAAAACCAGGUUCCCUGAGAAGAUCGCGGUGGCUGAGUGUCUGUGCUCUGGCUGCAUCAUAAAUGGAAUGGAGGACACGGAGUACAACUCCGUCCCGGUAAUGCAAACCAUGAUGAUCGUCCGGAAAAAGGAGUGUAGUGAAAAAGGCCAAUAUUCCUUUAAAACGGAAUGGAAAACGGUACCGGUCGCAUGCACUUGCGUAAUGCAUAGGUCUUUAAGUAAUGCAUAGGACAUUUAUCACAAACUCUUAAAAAGAGUGAUGAAAAAAAAAACUGUAGUGAUAUAUUUCACAUUUUGUUGUGUUUGUUCUAAAAUACACGGAAACACUACUGCCAGGUAGCAGGUGAAAACGCAUGUUUUACAUUAAAAUUGUGAGUAGCGGAAGUUACUAUGAUAUUUUAUACAGGCUAGCUGUUUCCUUAUUAUAUUUAAAUUAUUUAUUGUGCAGUUUGUUACUAUUUAUUUAAUGUUGUAAGAUUUGCUUACUUUUGGUAUUUGUAUUUGCUAUUUAUCAAGAUUUGUUUGACAAUUCUUCUUAAACGUGGUAGCUGUAGUAAUAUCCUUGACUAUUAUACUAUUCAAGUUAUAAAAUUGGUUAUGGUUUUCAUGAGAUUGUUCCCCUCCACUCGUUCUGUGCCACUUAAGCAUUAGACUAUUUGUACAUUGUAUGGAAACCAGGAAAUAUUUAAAUAAAAACAUUUGUCUAAAUAA